ACUUGACCCAUGACACGAAAAUGACACCACAUUGGCCAGGUCCAAACGAGCAAUCGUAUAUCGAUCGAUCGAGAGAGAGAGAGAGAGAGAGAGAGAGAGAGAGGCAAACGCAACCAGUGUGCGAUCUCCGAAUCCGGCUCCUAGAUUUGAUAUCUCUGCAGAAUCGACUAAAGUCGUCUCAUGCCAUCAAAGGAUUGCUUCGAUCCGAGUAAGUAGCCCUGAUCGCAUUCGGAAAAUCAAAUUUAUGUCGGCUUCCAUCAUCCUCCGCAGGAAUCGUAGUAAUUGCGCAAAACCCUCUCCUGAUCCGCAAACACUCUAAUUGCCAGACGGGGUGAUCCGUUGGGUGAUUGAAUUCUUCAAAAAAACCUCAUCUUACUAUUAUGCUCUUUUUCUUGAUGAUUAAUGGAGGGAGUAUCCGAGUGGGGCGCCUCUCCAAAUCCUUCCGAUGAAUUUUCUCCCCGGCCGGAUCGCUGCUCCGACGCUGAUUUUGGUGAUUCUUCGCUGGCUUCGUCCAAUUUUUCCUCUUGUGACGGAUCGGAGUUUGAGCGGUACUGUAGCGCGAAUUCUGUGUUGGGGAGUGCGAGCAUCUGCAGUUCGAUCGGGAAUUACAGUGGGAUUGGAGAGGAAUUUCUUUCGGAGGGUUGCAACUCGAAAAGGAAGUUCCUGAGAAGUCGUUGGAAUGGAUGCGAAUGUUUGUCAGAUGGAGGUGCUGAUACUCCUAGGGCUAAUGGUUGUUAUGAGAAUGCCUUGGCCAGAAUGAGUAAAAACUCUAGAUUGCUUCACGGAUCCACAGAGAGCUCCUCAUUAUGCUAUGGCACAUGUGGAGAAGAUAAUACUGAAAAUUUACGGUUACCAUGCUUUGCCAAGGGCAAAGAGCCAUCUGCAUUUUCUUCGGUUAAUUGUUCGUCUGAGGGAACUGAUGGUGAUGGGUAUUCAGAGAAACAAGAAGACGAGUGUGGUUUGAAUGAAAAUUUAUGGAACAUACAAAAUGAAGCUCAUUUGAAUCUUGAAGUUGGGACUGUAAUAAAUCCUGAAGCAAAUGAAGAUGCAUUUUGUAUAUCAAAGCUUUCAGAAAUUGAUGAUUCAAUGCUAGAUUAUGGAACUGAUAAUGAAGGUAGUAUUCAAUUUUGUGAAAGGAGCUUUAAACUUGUUGAGAAAACUAAGCACGAGGAUGAGAAUCCACUUUUUAUAAGUUCUUCCGUGGCUUUUGGUUCCAAUGAUUGGGACGAGUUUGUGCAAGACACAGAAGGAGGAGGUCUGGCUUCACUCUCAUUGCUCCUGGAACAAUCUUCUCAGCAUCAAGAUAAGCAUAUUGCAAGAGAAUUUGAGGAAAAGGUGGAAGAUAGAGCCGUAGCUAGUUUUGAAGUUGAGAAUCUAAGUGUUAAGGAUGUGGAAGAUGGUGAUUUUGUAUCAGCAAUCAAUCAUGAGGCACAAGCUAUCGAUAUACAGACCGGGGUUAGUGGUGGUAGAUAUAGUACACUAAACAGACAUGAAGCGGAUGCUGUUGAUCCAGCUACAAAAAAUUCAGAAUUUGCUAUUGCUCUUGGUUUGCAAAAUACUCUAUCUGAAGGCAAUGAAGUGAAAUGCUAUUUAAAUACUCCAUGUGAUACCGCUGCAAGGAAAAUUCAUUUAUCACUUGGCGGGGACAAUGGUGUCCAAGGCGUACAUGAAGCUUCUGAAAAAAAUUUUAUAGGUGAAUCAGAUGAUAUGCUAAUGCAGUAUCAUUACGGAUUUAAUGGUGCAGGAGGAGAAAUUAAUAGAGCUGAACUUGGUAAUAAUAGUAGCGCACUGGCUAUGAGCAAUAUUGGUGAUGGUUCCAUCAUACAAAAGGUUCAGGGGAAUGAUCCAAGCUAUCCUCGUUUAGCUGAAGCAAACAAAGAGAGUGAGGCACAGGCCAAGAAACUUGUUACAAAUGAUUCUUAUGAUGAAAUGGUUCUUGAAAUGGAGGAAAUUUUACUUGACUCCGGGAAUUGUCAUGGAUCCAUGUACCUGCAAACUAGUCAAGGUUAUAUGAGCCAGCAGCUGAGUCAUUUUGGGGAUGACAGUUCAAUUGCUUCCACUUCUGCCACGGAUGACAUUCAUCCACCUGUUCAAGUCACUUCAAAAAUUGAUCGAGUGGAGGUAGUUGGGGCAAAACAAAAGAAAGGAGAUGUUUCUUUUGGGGAGAGGUUGGUUGGUGUGCGGGAGUAUACAGUAUAUCAAAUUAAAGUUUUGAGUGCUACAGAUGAAUGGAUGGUUGAACGUCGCUACCGUGAUUUCUUUGCUCUUUAUCGACAAUUGAAGACUCUUUUUACUGGUCAUGGUCUGAAUCUUCCUUCCGCAUGGGCCAGUGUUGAUCAGGAGUCGAGAAAAAUCUUUGGUAAUGCUUCUCCAAAUGUUGUCUUGGAGAGAAGCAUACUUAUUGAAGAUUGUCUGCGUUCCAUAUUAAACACUAGAUUUCCUUUUGGAAUUCCUAGCCCAUUGAUCAUGUUUUUGACUCCAGGAAAAGCAAUGUUCAAAUCUGGCCUGCUACAAUCUCUUGUUCCUCAAUAUCUGCAGAAGUUUGCUGAAGUUGAAAAUUCAGAUCGUGGUGAGGCACGUCCAGAAGAUACUGCACUGUUGGGGAAGACCAUAUCGCUUGUAGUUGAGAUAAAGCCUCACAAGUCUAUGAGGCAAUUGCUGGAAAUACAACACUAUACAUGUGCAGGUUGUCACAGACACCUUGAUGCCGGGAAGACCCUCUUUCGAGAACUUGUACAGACAUUUGGAUGGAACAGGCCCCGGUUUUGUGGAUAUACUGGGCAGCUAUUUUGUGCUUCAUGCCAUACAAAUGACACCAGUGUUUUGCUAGCAAGAGUAUUGCAUCACUGGGAUUUUACCUCAUAUCCAGUAUCUCAGUUGGCUAAAGCAUAUCUCGAAUCCAUCUAUGAUCAGCCUAUGCUCUGUGUGAGUGCUGUCAAUCCCUUUCUAUUUUCCAAAGUCCCAGCUUUGCUUCACGUCAUGGGUUUCAGAAAGAAAAUAGGUGCUAUGCUUCCGUAUGUCAACUGUCCAUUCAGGAGUUCUAUUCAAAAAAGCCUUGGAUUUCGUAGGUAUCUGCUUGAAAGCAAUGACUUCUUUGCCCUUCGAGACCUUGUAGAUCUAUCAAAGGGGCCAUUUGCAGCGCUUCCUAUAAUGGUGGAGAACAUUUCAAAUCUUAUCCUUGAGCACAUCACACAACAAUGCCUUGUUUGCUAUGAUUCUGGUGUUCCUUGUGCUGCCCGACAAGCAUGUCAUGAUCCUUCUUCUUUGAUAUUUCCUUUUCAGGAAGCAGAAGCUGAGAAGUGCACUUCAUGUGGAUCUCUCUUUCACAAGGCAUGCUACGUAGAUCUUCUUGGAUGCCCAUGUAGUAAUCACGCUAAUAUAAGCAAAAGGUUUGGCCCCUCAGAACCAAGUAUGAUGGGAUCCCACACAGAACCUGUUGGAUUUCUUGAGAGGUCUAUUCAGCCCCUCGUUUCAAAUUCAGCAACAGGAUUUUUCACAAAUAUUCUCACCAAAGUCAAAUCAGACAAGAUAUGGAAACCUAAAAACAGCAGCCCGGUUUUACUCAUGGGUGCAUUACCAAGUUCUUCUUUGUAAUUAUUGUUUACCAUCAUGGCAACAUUUGCAGGAACAUAAUUUGGAGGGGGCUGAACAAUCCCACCACUGUACGCCUCAUAUUAGCAGACUCAAACUCCAUUCACAAUACUGGCCAAAUGCAUCAAUUGGAUUUCUGAUUUAACCAACCCUGCAUCGUGAAGCUUUGUGGAAAAGUCAGGCCUCUUUUAGUAAGGUAUGCUUUGUGCAAGGGAUGUACUACUUUUUUCAUUUUAAGGCUAUGCAUUGGUAUUAGACUUUAGAGCCUUUGGCAUUUAAAAGUAGGUCGGAUUUACAUGCACACCACGAAAUUCAUAUGUAUUUAUAUAUUUUACAUCUAAAUGUUUAUAUUUACUUAUUUACUACUUUAAUGUCUAAAUUAAAUCGAAGCAUAUGUAUGAAAGUGUAUGUUUUAUUUUAAAUAAGUUAAUGUGAUUUAGAGAAUUGGGUGUUAUAUAAGUAAAUAUAAAUAUUUAAGUAUUAGUUUUUUAAAUAUAUAAGAAUUUUAUGGUAUGUAUGUAAAUCCCCUUAAAAGUAAAUGGUAAGGAUAUUUAUGAAUGGUAUUGGUUUUGUACUUA